AUGACCAGCGAAGGGAGCGGUAGUAUUGCUGGAAGCACUCCCAAGCCAAAUUCAAAAGCAAUUAGGAAUAAUGAUGGUAUCCAUCUAAGCAAAGUUGCGCAGAUAUUGGGGAAUGAAAGAGCAGGCGUUAUUUUUGAUGAUGAUUCGGGAGUUGAAGAUACUCCUGAGGGAGAUCGUGAUGUAGAAAUAAGGCGACGCGAUGAUAUACGUUCAAAGAAUGAUAUAUUGAAACGAUUUCAAGGCGCUUAUGAUAUGGAUCUCAGUGUGGAACUUCCGUCUGACCUUAGCGAAACAGAGGGAAUAAAGCUCAACAAGAAUGAAAAUACGGAUACCUACCAUUUGGAAAUGCUGGAUACCCCAUUGAAGAGUAAAAUGUCUAUACGAACGUUAAGAAAUGAAGGCCACAAUAGAAAUCCUGAAAACAUUAAAUUAGAUAAUGAUGGUAAUAAUAAUGAUGACAAUGAGGAGGAGGGUGAUGCUAGCGUACACAGCGAGUUGCCUACCAAUAAAACGGAGGAUAAAUUGAUUGAGACAUUUGUGUCUACACCAAAGGAUACCCAGAAUAAUAUGAACAUGAAUUUUAAUGUAAGUAUGAAUACACAAUCAGUGACUCAAAAUUCAAAGGAAAUGAUGGUGCCUGCCACCAAUUCAGACCGUAUUACACAGACCCAGAAUAUACCAACUUCUAUACCAGACGAAAAGGCAACACAAUUAAUAAAAACUCAGGCCAAUGACUACGAGGUCUCCGAAAGCUUAUUGAAGUUGGAUGACCAAAGUCAGUUGCAAGAGACUUCUGUAUUGCAUACGUCUCCAAUAAACUUUGCUUCAUUUCACCAGAGUUUAAUAGCUUCGAAUGGAAUUUUUCCAGCAAAGGAUGCAGCAAGUGAGUUAGUUCAAUCGCCAAUCAAUGCUAACUAUCGAUAUCCAAACCAUAUAAAGAGUACUAAUACCCUUCAGUCAACGGUGGUAAGUGAACCUGAAGACCAAUCACAGUCACAGCAUCAGCUGCAGUCGCAGUCUGAAUCACAUACACCUUCACAUUCAAAGGCAUUUAACCAAGGAAGUCAGGAGGGCCGGUUAUCUUCUAGCGAAAUGCAAUUCAAACUAACAUAUUAUGCAAAGCCUACCAGUCAGCCAUUAAACAAUAAUGAUGAUAAUAGUUUUGCGGGGGAGGUUUCUCAUUCAGUAGAGAACUUCGCUCAUGAUGGAGAUCAUGAAGGAAGUAGGUCAAUAGAACAGUCUUACAAUGAAUUUACCAGGCUUGAUACAGAACAGGAAUACGAACAGACGCAGGAAUUACCGGAAGUUCUGGAUCAAGCUGAUAAUAAUAAAAUAAAACAGUCGUUUGAAUCAGAAGAACCACUGAAUCCUUCAAGGAAAAGGAAAGAGAAUAUUAUAAUACUCGAUGAUGAUUUUGAAGACAGUAGUACACCUUUCAAAAUACCGAGGUUUCAAUCAACAUUUAAAGAACUACGGAAUUCAGACCCUGAAUUAUUGACUUCAAAAGAUAUUUCUUGUAAUAAUGCUGUUUGGUACUACUUUAGCGACUGUAACUACUAUCCUGGCAAAGUAGUUUCACAAAAGGAAAACGAGCCUGGCUUCUGUACGGUCCAAUUUGAAACACGUCAAAACGAUGUCAAAAUUGAGGAUAUAUACUACUUGGAUCUACGGUGCGGGGAGAAGCUUCAUUGGAAAAUGAACGAAUAUGAAGUUGUAGCUCUAGAGUGCAGAAAUCCCAAUGACUCUGAUGUGAUUCGUUGUAUUCGAGGCUAUGAUACAGUUCAUUUAAAGAGGAUACUGAGGAAUGGGAAACUCAGCAAGGAUACUAUAGUGGAUAGUAUAGGAUCAGUUUAUAUAACGACUGAAGAGUGGGCAAAGCGAGCAAAAAUAAAAUUGGACGAUGAUGGUAAGAAAUUCGGACCGUUAGCAGAAUUAAGGAGAUCUGCUCGUAGUAGAUCUGCAAGAAAUUCUCUUUCACCAAUAAAAAAAGUAUCCGAAAGUUGUAAUAAUUCAACUACGGAAAUUUAUAGGGAUACAUUUCAUGACACUACAAUUCUUCAUCAAAUUGACAGUAACAGAGGAACUAUAUUUGAGAAAUGUUUAUUUGUAUUAAGUGGUUUGAGUGACGAAGAUAGAAAAAGGACAUCUUACUUGAUCGAGUUGCAGGCGGGAUAUGUUGUUAACGUAGGAUUUGAGAAAUUAUUGGUAUAUGAUGAGACAAGUCACAGAUUGAAAUGGCAAGACUCCUGGCUUGAGAAUUAUGAAUUUGUCUGCUUAGUCUCAGGCGGAUUCUCGAGAAGCCCUAAGUAUCUAGAGGCAUUAGCACUGGGGUUUCCCGUUCUUCAUUGGAGAUUUAUUGAGCAAUGCUUAGCAAAAGGCCAAAUAUCCGUCAAGCUAAUAACGCAAAAUUUACUACCUAGCGGUGAGAGUAACAGGUUUACUUCCUCCGUUGGUAAAGGCGUUAUAAAAUCAAGCAACAUAUUUCAGUUUUUAACUAACUUCAACAACAGCUUAACUCUAAAAGACCAGCUCGACAUUUCCACGGUCUCUAUGGAGCAUUAUGCUGUUAUAGUGUUGGGAAAUUCGUACAUGGAUUUCUUUAUAGACUUUAUUUUCAAAUGUUUCAAGGUGAGCUAUUGGGAAUACAUAUCGACAUCCCGCACAAAGAAUAGCAAUGAGAAACUAGAUAGCUCAGUUCUCGAUGAUUUACUAAACUUUAGAGAGGCAAACUCAAGUAAAACAAAAAUCAUAUUUAUAAACGAAACAUCGUUACAAAUUUCUAAAGAAUGGGAAAAUGCUGUGUCGAAAUCCUUAGAUGAUAAAGGUGUGUCUGAUAUGAUUAUAGAAGAUAAAGAGUGGUUAGUACAAACGAUCAUUAAUGAAGAGCCAUAA